AUGUCGAAUGAACCAGCCAUUCCACUCUUCAGACUUCCAUCUAUAGCCCAAAGAAACAUAAUUUUUCUAACGGAUUAUACCACACGGUUAGUUAGUCUUACUCAUUAAUAAACUAACCGACAUUUUCAGCUAUGAUCUUCGUUUGUGCUCAAAACGAACCCAGCUUCUUGUCGACAGUUGCCCUUCGAGAUACAUGAAGCUAGAAAUUCGUGUCCACCUCAACAAGAUCAGAAUCUUAAUUUUCCAUUCAAGCUAUGAUUCCCACUACUGCGUUCCCAUCGUUUACCGCGCCAUUGACAGCGACGAUGGUAACAUGUGUUCGCGGAUCCGUCGACUUGCCCAUCGCUUCUCCCGCGUGCCGGUCUAUGAAAACUUCAUGACCGCCGCAUGCAAGGAGAUCAAGUCGAUUCUCCAAAGUCCUCGUUUUACAGUGGAGAACCUGUGUGUCUCUGACAUGAUAGAUGUGUCUCCAGAGCACGGAGCACUUCGAAACGCUGUCAUGCAGUCGUUUGUGAAUAACAUGAAGGAGAUUCUCGAAAGCAGACAAAAGAUCUUUGUGAAGCACUUUUCUACGAACACUCAUGAGACUAUGGUCGGCCUAUUGCAAUUCCUCAAUAAGAAUAGUAUUCAAUCAAUCAGCUGCCCUAAACGGCUGUGGACGGCCGACUUGGAAACGAUUCUCGAAAGCGAACAGUGGAAGAAUAUUGUGUCCCUUCAGCUCCCGACGACUGCGCUCCCAAUGAAAUACUUCCGGGAUUUCAAAGCGGUUCGGAUUUCCGUGAACCGAAUGAGUCGGAAAGAUGCCGAUGAUCUGAUAAAGGUUUUUUUCCUUUAAUUUUCCGUUAACUCACUAUACAUUUUCAGAGCUUACCGUUCGAUACUCUGGUCCAGUGGGAAUUGGCGUGGAAUGUGACCAUCCAACAACUGGAAAGAGGUUUCGGUGUACGCGGGGAGAGAAACGCCGAGAAUAGAUAUCAAACCAUUUUCGAAGUGAACGACACACACACCGUGUUCUAUGAGCAAAAUUUGUUGACUCUCUCAAAGAUUGAGGCCCCAUCCGUACUCUCGUGA